AUGGCUGCUAAAAGGAAAGCGGGUGCACUGCUCCAACACGUUCUUCCAAAGGAUACAUUGACAUCGGAGCCGGGGGAUAUGAACGAUGAUGAUAAUUUUUCUGGUCGUAAUGGUGACAUUACAGAAAGCGGAGCGGAUAGCAUGGCGGACCUCUGGGCCUCCUACCACAGUGCUCUUGGACUUGGCAGCAAACCUCCUAAGCCGCCAACACCCUUGGCUACUGGCCAUUCGAGUCCAAUUCACGUGGGCUCUGCGACUCCUGGGCUCGAGCCAGCGUCGACCCACGACGAGACCUCGUCGUCGGACCGCACUAAAGACGACGACGACGCCGGCGCAUCCGAUGACGACAGCGACGACCGAGUCGAUCCACAGCACCAUGAUCCGGAACGACUGAAGGCUUUCAACAUGUUCGUCCGAUUAUUUGUAGACGAGAACCUUGACAGGAUAGUUCCUAUAUCGAAACAGCCGAAGGAGAAGAUACAAGCGAUCAUAGACUCGUGCACGCGACAGUUCCCGGAGUUCGCCGAACGCGCCCGAAAGAGAAUCAGAACGUACCUGAAGAGUUGCAGGAGAAAUAAGAAAGUCCGUGGGGACGGGCCUACGAGUGGGAACGGAGGAAGUACGCCAUCUAGUAGCGCGUGGGAUACCGCGGUGCGACCCACGCCAGCACACUUGACGUCGGUGCAGGCGGAGCAUAUUCUAGCGCAGGCGUGCGAGAACGAGAGCCUCAAUGCCAAGCGCAUGCGGCUCGGCCUUGAUCCCGUCAGCCAGCCCAUGCCCACGCUGCCAACACCCAUGGCAAUCGACACAACAGCAACUUCAGCGGUCGCCUCCUCAUUUCUGAGUCUAUACAGUGGCGCAAUGAGCACGUCAACCACAGCGAGCACGGCUUCAGCGACAUCCAUGUCCAGCGCUGGGCACAGCAAAGUAGCAGCCGAUACCACGCGGCCAACAACCAGCCCUUCUAUAGAAAACGCUUUGCUUAACAACAACAGUUUGAAGAUCGAUAAUGCUAAUGGGAAUACUGGGAGUAAGACUGCAAGCCCUGCGUCAUCGCCUGCGCCACUGUUCAGACCCUCAUUUCCGAGCACCUUUGGUACUCCACAGACAUUUGGAAGGCAAAACUCAAAUACGAACUCUGCUUCAGCGCUUUCAAGCAGCGCUCUGCUUUCAACCUUAUCUUCGCUUCCCCCUACAGGUGUGGGUAUGAACGCAGCAAUGGCGGCCUACCAAAGUGCUCUGCUCUCAGCAAUGGCGGCUCACACGCACACAUUCCCCAGCAUCUCCGCCCCAACGGACCUGUCAGUAAAGAACACCCCGUCGUCGACGUCGCUGCACGCGACAUCGACGGCCAGCAGCCUGGCGGGCUCCGGGGGCUCGGCGAGCAAGGCGCCGCUGCUGGCGCACAAGCUGUCGGGCGCGGAGGUGGGCGCGGUGCGCCAGCUCAUCACCGGCUACCGCGAGUCCGCCGCCUUUCUCCUGCGUUCAGCCGAUGAGCUGGAGGCGCUCUUGCUAAACCAACCCUAG